AUGCUCCAAGCGCAGAGCCAACACGUCUUUUCCCACCAGCAUCAGUACCCUCAGGCUGAUCCCUCGUGGCUGCAGCACCAGCAGCAGCAGCAGCAACAACAACAACAACAGCAACAGCAACAGCAACAGCACCACCAGGCCCAGCCGCACUCCCAGCACCAGCACCAACACGCCUCCCUGGUCGCUCAGCAGCAGGCUCAGGUCCAGGCUGCCGCCGCCGCGGCGCAACAGCAGCACUAUGGCCGUCUCGCUAUGAGUGGGAAUGGUGCCGCGAACCCUGCGCAGGGUUCGGGGGGUGUCGCCGGCAUGGGCGGAGAGGGUCUUGCGAAUGCAGUCUCCGUCAUGGACGGUGGCAUCAGCGAGGAGAAUCGCAAGGUCUUCAUCUGGGUGGCGGAACUCCUGGAUCCCGCCCGUCGUGAAACGGCAUUGAUGGAGCUCAGCAAGAAGCGCGAGCAGGUCCCUGAGCUGGCGCUGGUCAUCUGGCACUCAUUCGGUGUUAUGACUGCUCUACUCCAGGAGAUCAUCUCUGUCUACCCCCUUUUGAACCCUUCGCAGUUGACCGCCGCGGCGUCAAAUCGAGUCUGCAAUGCGCUGGCGCUCUUGCAAUGUGUCGCAUCGCACAAUGAGACUCGCACACUCUUCCUGAACGCUCAUAUCCCCCUGUUCCUCUACCCUUUCCUCAACACGACCUCAAAAUCGCGCCCCUUCGAAUACCUUCGUCUCACAUCGCUGGGCGUUAUCGGAGCACUGGUGAAGAAUGAUUCGUCGGAUGUGAUCAACUUCCUCCUGACGACCGAGAUCAUCCCUCUGUGUCUUCGCAUUAUGGAGACCGGGUCCGAGUUGAGCAAAACUGUUGCCAUCUUCAUCGUUCAGAAGAUCCUUCUCGACGAUAUCGGCCUGGCAUACAUUUGCGCGACUUACGAGCGGUUCUAUGCGGUGGGCACUGUCCUCAGCAAUAUGGUCACUCAACUGGUGGAGCAACAGACAGUCCGACUUCUCAAGCACGUCGUGCGAUGCUUCCUUCGUCUGAGUGACAACAGCCGAGCUCGUGAGGCUCUGCGGCAAUGUCUUCCCGAGCCCCUUCGGGACGCCACCUUCUCCUCCGUCCUGCGCGACGACGCAGCCACCAAGCGCUGUCUGGCCCAGCUCUUGAUCAACCUCUCAGACAACGUGUCUGACGGAGCCCCGGCGGCCAUGUAA